AUGAGCAAAAAUUUCCUCAUCACAGGUGCCGCCCGAGGCAUCGGCCGAGGCCUAUCCCGUCUCCUCCUCACCAAAGGCCACCGCGUCUUCCUCUUCGACAACAACAAGUCAGAGCUCGAACACUUACGACACCACCUUCCCAAACUAUGUCCCGGCAUAGACAGUUCAAACUGGCAUAUCGAGGAAGGUGACCUGACCAGACCGUCCGACAUCUCGCAAGCAGCUUCUCAAGCAACAAGCUUCUUUAACGGCGAGCUCGAUUGCUUGAUUAAUAAUGCUUUCUCUGGUCCGGUGGGGACAACUGCAUUCGCUGAACUCAGUCUCGAAGAAUGGAAUAGGAUUAUUCAGACUAAUCUCACAGGGACGAUGCUUAUGACGCAGGCUUGUCUGCCUAUCCUGAGGCGGAAACGUGAGCAGGGUGAUGGACAUGAGAAUGUCUGUUCUUCUGUCAUUAACAUGUCCUCUACACGAGCGAGACAGUCAGAGCCAAAUUCCGAGGGGUAUGCGACUACGAAGGCAGGUCUGAUCGGGAUGACGCAAGCUCUUGCUUGUAGUCUCGCUGCUAGCGAUGAGUAUCAUGCUGUUAGCGUCAAUGCUAUCUUACCAGGCUGGAUCAAUGUCGUGAGUGAGUGUAAAGACGGCGAUGUGAAUGGUAAGUCAUGGGAGGAAGGUCUAAGUAAAGAGGAUCACAGAUGGCACUGGACUGGGCGGGUUGGUAAAGUUGAUGACAUUCUGCGAGCUGUUGAGUAUCUGGUCAGUAGUGGUGGCUUUGUGACUGGUCAAGAGAUCGUGGUGGAUGGAGGCGUUACCAGGCGAAUGGUUUACCCCGAGUGA